GUGUGUGUGUGUGUGUGUGUGUGUGUGUGUGUGUGUGUGUGUGUGCGUGUGUCUCUAAUCAAGGCAAAGUAGAAUGUGGCCUUGGGGAAGCCUAGCUUUGUCCAGUGUGUAUCCGUGCCCUGCCCCUCCAGGAUGCCGAGUCGGGACUGGGAGUGAGCUGGACGUCUAUGGACAGCAGAGCUGGUUGCUGGUCCCAGCAGCACCCAACUUCACCCCAGGAUCUUCCAGAGAAGCCCAAAUAAAGUGCAAACCAUUCAAGGCAAAAUACACAAUCUGAUACAGGUUGUGUCAACACUGGUGUUUGUCAUAGAAGGCAGUGGAGCCAGUCCAAGUGUCUAACCCUACAGCGGCGCCCCCCUGGCCAGGCCACACCUCUUCCUCUCCGCUUCUCUCUAUGAUAUCCCUCAUCCCCUGAUGGGCACCUCAUCACACCGUGCCACAAGUCCACCGUCGUCGCUAACAACCACACCACGCCACUAACCACCGGCCAUCGCCAUGGAGAUGAAACAGUCAAUGAUGAUGGACAGAGAGAACGAAGGAGGGGAGAAAGAGAAAGGGGAGGAGUCAUCGCAGGAGAACGGCAGACUCAUGCUGGCUGACGGAGGGGUGGCAGAGAAGGGGGACCCCAAAGUGAACUCUGGUGGGGGGUCAGGAGGGGUGUCCAACGGGUACCCCACGUCCACAGCACCGAGCCCCAAGGAGGGAGCGGGGGGUGUACCCGCAGGGGCCCUCAGGACUCUGGUGGUCCAGCAGACCAGUCUGGACCAACCCCGGGAAACCUGGAGCAAGAAGAUGGACUUUCUGUUGUCUGUGAUUGGCUACGCCGUGGACCUGGGAAAUGUGUGGCGCUUCCCCUACAUCUGCUACCAAAACGGCGGAGGUGCCUUCCUGCUGCCCUACAUGUUGAUGGCGGUAUUCGGUGGCGUGCCUCUGUUUUACAUGGAGCUGGCUCUGGGGCAGUUCCACCGCAGCGGCUGCAUCUCCAUCUGGAAACACAUCUGCCCCAUCUUCAAGGGUAUCGGCUUCGCCAUCUGCAUCAUAGCGCUGUACAUUGCGUUCUACUACAACACCAUCAUGGCGUGGGCCCUGUACUACCUGCUGGCGUCGUUCCGGCCCACCCUGCCCUGGACCACGUGCUCCAACCCCUGGAACACGGUCAACUGUCUCCGCUACCUGUCCACCGACAGCAACGUCACCUGGACCAACACGUCCAUCUCGCCCGCCGAGGAGUUCUAUACGCGUCAGGUACUGCAGGUACACCUGUCUCCAGGUCUGCACCAGCUUGGCAGUGUGAGUUGGCAGCUGGCUCUCUGCCUCCUGUUCAUCUUCACCAUCGUCUACUUCAGCAUCUGGAAGGGAGUCAAGACCUCUGGCAAGGUGGUGUGGGUGACAGCCACCUUCCCCUACCUUGUCCUGCUGGUGCUGCUCGUUCGUGGGGCCACUCUACCUGGAGCCUGGAGGGGCGUGGUCUUCUACCUCAAACCUGAUUGGGGGAAACUACUCAGCACCACAGUAUGGAUUGAUGCUGCAGCUCAGAUCUUCUUCUCUCUGGGGCCAGGUUUUGGGGUUCUCAUGGCCUUUGCCAGCUACAACCCCUUUCACAACAACUGUUACAAGGAUGCGUUGCUGACCAGCUCUGUGAACUGCCUGACCAGUUUCCUCUCUGGGUUUGUCAUCUUUACCGUGCUCGGUUACAUGGCUGAGAUGCGCAAAAUAGGCGUGGAGACCGUAGCCAAGGAUGCUGGUCCCAGUCUGCUGUUCAUCAUCUAUGCUGAAGCCAUCGCCAACAUGCCCGCUGCCACCUUCUUCGCCAUUAUCUUCUUCCUCAUGAUCAUCAUGCUGGGGCUGGACAGCACGUUUGCCGGUCUGGAGGGGGUGAUCACAGCCAUGCUGGAUGAGUUCCCCCAGUUGUUGUCUAGGAGGAGGGAGUGGUUUGUCCUGGGCCUGGUGUGUGUCUGCUACCUGGGAGCGCUCUCCACCCUCACCUACGGAGGUGCGUUUGUGGUGAAACUGUUUGAGGAGUACGCCACGGGACCUGCUGUCAUCACUGUGGUCUUCCUAGAAGUCAUCGCCGUUUCCUGGUUCUACGGCACGAGUCGUUUCUGUGCUGAUGUCCAUAUGAUGAUGGGAUUCUCUCCUGGAUUGUUCUGGAGGGUGUGCUGGGUGGCCAUCUGCCCAAUAUUCCUACUGUUCAUCAUUGUCAGUUUCCUGGCGUUCCCCCCGGAGGUCAAGUUGUUUGACUACGUCUACCCACCUUGGACAACAGUUCUAGGCUACUGCAUCGGAGUGUCCUCCUUCAUCUGUGUACCAGCCUACAUGGUGUACCACCUGCUCACUGCCAAAGGGACCUUUAAACAGCGUCUCCUGAAGGGCAUCACCCCUGUACCCAGUGGGCCUCACAGUGACAUUAUCAUCACCCACGCCGUCUGACCCAGUGGUCUGACCAGGCCCGGUGGACUACACCCCCCUCUGCUGGACAUAGAGCACAACUGCAGGAUGGGAAGGGUCCGUCCCUUCCCCCGCUUCUCCUCCAGAACACCCACAGCAGACUUCAGCACUAAGGCACCCCGUCCAUCCCACUGACCCCAGGGGUGAGGUGGAGUGCCGGGCCACAUUGUCUGCAGCAUCCCACCCCUCCUCCCGUCAUCUCCCUCCUGGCUCAUUCUGUUAGCUAAACCGUUAGCGGCUAAUGGCGUCACUGUUUUCAUACUGGCCCACGCUGGUCAGAGCAUUUCAACCACCCGACAGAGGGUUUUUUAGAUGCCACAGCACAAUGACAUGUGUACUGUUACAAUUGGAAUCCAUCCAUUCAGUAUGAUUCAUAAACAUACACACGCACUCUUCCUUGUCUCUGUUCUGUCUGGUCCACUUUUAUAUCACAAACAAACGUCUCAUUUGACCUUCGAUCCUUGUUUCAUGAGUUCUGCUUUCAGAUAUUUAGCCGGACAUUGAUUGCAAAAUCCAGGAAUCUUUUUACAUGUCUAAAUGAAGCCAAAUGUUCCAUGGAUAUUUCUACAGGUAUUUCCAGAUGUGAGCUGUUGUCAUGUUUUAGAAUGACUUGGCGGGAGCUUGUCAGUAUUUCUGAAUGGGAAUGGGAUGGCUGAACCUAUGAAGGGCCUUGGUGUGUGUCAGAGCGUCUCCACGCGGUGAAGCGCUGUAUGUUGGUGUAGUAUGACGCACUGCAGUACUGAUCAUGCUCUGUAAGCAUAUCCAGGUUGUUGGGGAACAUAGAGACAAGUUCAGAAGAGAACACAGGGCUUUGUCCAGUCGUAUGUGGGGGGAUUCUUGAGUUGCAGUAUGGAAGGCUCUGGUUUGUGUGUGUGUGUGUGUGUGUGUGUGUGUGUGUGUGUGUGUGUGUGUGUGUGUGUGUGUGUGUGUGUGUGUGUGUGUGUGUGUGUGUGUGUGUGUGUGUGUGUGUGUGUGUGUGUGUGUGUGUGUGUGUGUGUGUGUGUGUGUGUGUGUGUGUGUGUGUGUGUGUGUGUGUGUGUGUCAGAAAAUAAUGGAAGGAACGUGGGGAGAAGCUACCCUGUGCAGAUUAGAAGGAGUCGUGGGUUAUAUUAUUGCAAUAUACAUAUAUAUAUAUUUAUUUUAAAUAAUUAUUAUUGCUGUCAAAUCUAUGUAUGGUUUCAUGUAAUUUACCAAAAACUGACAUGCUGAUUUAGUCUCUUAAUAUGUAAAACACCAUUUACAUGUGAAUUACUUAUAGUGGGAACCAAAUGUCGAUCACAACUACUUUCAUCUCCAUCACUCAGUCCUCAAGGUUGCGUCUGAAACAGGUAUCUGUCUUUACUCUCUACCAAAUCAUCUGUUGUGUGUUGGACUGGGAGUAAAAAUAUGGCAUGUGCGUGUGUAUUCGUCUUGGUGUCGGUGUAUGUCUCUUUGUUCUGUGAAUACCUGUCUACUCUCUUGGAUGCAUGACUGUAAGUUUGUGCGUGCCUCAGACCUGGGUUCAAAUACUAUAGGGAAUCUUUCAAAUACUUUGUGUUUUCUUUAGCCUGCCUAGUGCCCGAUGGGCGGGGGUUUGCAGAUUUGCGACUGUUCUAUUUGUUCCAUUGAACCAGGCAAUCAAAUCUGAAGUAUUUGAAAGGAUUUCAAAUAGUAUUUUAACUCAGGAUUGGUGUACGUGUGAGCGUGCAUACAUGAGUGUGUGCGUGUGUACAUUAUGAAUGGAAGUAGCAGUGUCGGACUUUGUGAGUGUGUGCAUGCCAAUGUGUGUAACCUGUUCUUCAACUUGUGUCUGUGAAGUGACCUUCUCUCGUCUUGUACUUCUCCAAAAUAUCCAAUGAAGAUGAUGUUAAAAUCCCUCCCUUGUACCUCUCGAGCCUACAUAAUGUAUGAUCUAUGUGCGUCUGUAAAAGAUUGUAUUGAGAAAUAAACCUGUAUAGAAGAAAGAUAUAAAUAUAUAUGAAUGAAUAGAUAAAUAAAGUUAAGAUGUAAAUGAGUA